AUGCGGUCGACGCUCGCGCUGUCCUGGAAAUGGACGGCGCUCCUAGGCGUGUUGGCCAUCAUAGUCGGCUUCAUCCCCCAAUCAGCUGCCGUCAAGGAGCAUGAUUUCAAAAAGUGCCACCAGUCCGGAUUCUGCAAGCGGAACCGGGCCUACGCCGACAACGCCGCAUCGCAGAGCUCGACAUGGAACUCGCCGUACCAGGUCAUCCCCGAGUCGCCCGUCCUCAAGGACGGCCAGCUACACGCCAUGAUACUCAAGACCAUCAACGACAAGGGCGAGACGGCGCGCUUCCCCAUCACCGUCUCGUUCCUCAAGAGCGGCGUCGCUCGGGUCACGGUCGACGAGGAGAGGCGACAGAAGAAGGACAUUGAGCUCAGGCACAACAGCCCUGUCCGAAAGGAGCGAUACAAUGAGGCCGAGAAAUGGGCCAUUGUCGGUGGGCUGGAGCUUGACAAGCAGGCGCAGGUCGCCUUCCAGGACAAGAACCAGAUCAACAUCAAGUACGGUCCCGAGUCCAAGCUCGAGGCCGUCAUCAAGUUUGCGCCUCUCGAAGCCGAGUUCCGGAGGGACGGCGCCACGCACAUCAAGCUCAACGACCGCGGACUUCUCAACAUGGAACACUGGAGGCCAAAGGUGGACAAGCCCGAGGUUAAGGAGGGUGAGGAAGCCCCUGCCGAGACGGGCGAGGACGAGAGCACCUGGUGGGAUGAGACCUUUGGCGGAAACACGGACACGAAGCCGCGUGGCCCCGAGAGCGUCGCUCUGGACAUUUCUUUUGUCGGAUACGAGCACGUCUACGGCAUCCCCGAGCACACCGGGCCCAUGUCUCUCAAGCAGACCCGAGGUGGCGAGGGUAACUUUGAGGAGCCAUACCGCAUGUACAACGCCGACGUGUUUGAGUACAUUCUCGACAGCCCGAUGACGCUCUACGGAUCGAUUCCGUUUAUGCAAGCACACCGCAAGGGCUCGUCGGUCGGCGUGUUCUGGCUUAACGCGGCCGAGACCUGGGUGGACAUUACCAAGGGCAAGCAAAGCUCCAACCCCCUUCACCUCGGCCCCGGCGGCAAGACCAACACGCACACCCACUGGAUCUCGGAGAGCGGCCUGCUGGACGUCUUUGUGUUCCUCGGCCCCACGCCUCGCGACCUGACGCAAAAUUACGGUGAACUCACCGGCUACACGGCCAUGCCGCAAGAGUUCUCGAUUGGCUAUCACCAGUGCCGCUGGAACUACAUUUCCGACGACGACGUCAAGGACGUGGACCGGAAGAUGGACAAGUUCAAGAUCCCGUACGACGUCAUCUGGCUCGACAUCGAGUACACGGACGACAAAAAGUACUUCACCUGGGAGCCGCACUCCUUCACCGACCCCAUCGGCAUGGGCAAGCAGCUCGACAGCCACGGUCGCAAGCUGGUCGUCAUCAUCGACCCCCACAUCAAAAAGGUCGACGGCUACAGCGUCAACAAGGAGCUCACGUCGCAAGACCUGGCCGUCCACAACAAGGACGACUCCAUCUACGAAGGUUGGUGCUGGCCGGGAUCGUCUAACUGGAUCGACUGCUUCAACCCGAAGGCCAUCGAAUGGUGGAAGUCGCUUUACAAGUAUGACGCCUUCAAGGGAACCAUGGAGAACACCUUUAUCUGGAACGACAUGAACGAGCCCUCCGUCUUCAACGGCCCGGAGACAACCAUGCCCAAGGACAACAUCCAUCACGGACAGUGGGAGCAUCGCGACAUCCACAACCUGAACGGCCUCACGUUCCACAACGCCACGUUCGAGGCCCUGGUCUCGCGCAAGAAGGGCGAGAAGCGCCGCCCCUUCAUCCUGACCCGGUCCUUCUACAGCGGUUCCCAAAGGCUGGGCGCCAUGUGGACCGGUGACAACCAGGCCUCCUGGGACCACCUGGCCGCGUCCAUCCCCAUGAUCCUGAACCAGGGCAUCGCGGGCUUCCCGUACGCCGGCGCUGACGUCGGCGGCUUCUUUGGCAACCCCGAGAAGGACCUGCUGGCCCGCUGGUACCAGGCCGGCGCCUUCUACCCCUUCUUCCGUGGUCACGCCCACAUCGACGCCCGCCGUCGUGAGCCGUAUCUGCUCGGCGAGCCGUACACUGCCAUUGUGACGUCUGCUCUGCGACUGCGAUACUCGCUCUUGCCUUCCUGGUACACUGCUUUCUUCUACGCCAACCGCGAUGGCAGCCCUAUUGUCCGCCCCAUGUUCUGGACGCAUCCCGAGGAGGAGGGCGGCUUUGCGAUUGACGACCAGAUGUUUGUCGGAUCGACAGGUUUGCUCGUCAAGCCAAUCGUCGAGCAGGACAAGGAGUCCACCGACAUUUGGAUCCCCGAUGACGAGGUCUAUUACGACUACGCGACCUACCAGACCAUGAACACCAAGAAGGGCAAGCACCUCACGGUCAAGGCGGCGAUCGACCAGAUUCCGCUGCUCAUGCGUGGUGGCCAUAUCUUCCCCCGCCGCGACAUUCCUCGGCGUUCUAGCACCAUGAUGCGAUUCGACGACUACACCCUCGUCGUGUCCGCUUCCAAGAGCGGUUCCGCCGAGGGUGAGCUCUACGCCGAUGACGGCGACUCGUUUGACAACGAGAAGGGGCAGUACAUUUACCGCAAGUUUACGUUGGCCGGCAACAAGCUGUCGUCGGCGGACGCGGAGGGUCGAGAUGCAAAGGCAAUCAAGGCCGGAAAGUGGCUCACGGCCAUGCACGAGGUGUAUGUCGACAGGAUUAUCGUCGUCGGUGCCCCGUCGUCGUGGAACAAGAAGGAGGUUGACAUUGAGAGCGACGGUCGGUCGUGGAAGGUCAAGGUCGAGUACCACGCCGCCGAGAAGGGGCGCGCCGCCUUUGCCGUCGUCGGCCGGGUUGGGGCACGCAUCGGUCAGGACUGGGUCAUCAAGGCAUGA